AAUAGAAGUACCCAAGGGUGGGCUGGGGUGAUUUUAAAUCAGGUGGUCAGGUUGACUGUCACAUUUGAGCAAAGUCCUGAGAGGUGAGGCAGCAAGCCAUGGGGAAAGAACAUUUUCAGCUGGAGGGGACAGCUGCAAAGGCCCUGAGGCAGGCUAUGCCUGUUUCGUUCAGGACCAGAAGGGAGGCCAUGUGCCUGGUGCCUAGUAUCCUGGGAGGAAGGUAGCAGGCAGGGGCACCAGUUCUGGAAGGCCUCCAAGCCAGUGUAAAGAUGGGCAGGAAGUGCCUGGAGGGAUGUGAUCACAGGAGGAACAGAAUCGGACUUAAAGGGAUCGGUCUGACUGUUGUGUGGAGAGUAGUGGAGUGAAGCCAGAAGCAGAGAAGCCAGUUAGGAGGCUGUUGCAGUAAUCCAGGCAAGAGAUGAUGUUGACUUGGACCAGGAUCCUAGCAGUGGAGGUGAUUAGAUCCUGGGUGUUUAUUAAAAGCAGAGGCAACCAGAUUUGCUGACUCUUACAUUUUGGCCUGAUCAUCUAGAAGGUUGGAGUUGCCACUUACUGAGAUGAGAAAGACUUUAGGGGAAAUGUCAAAGGCUUGGUUUUGGAUGUGUUAGGCUUGUGAUAUCAAUGGGCAUCCAUGUGGAGAUCUCAGAGAAGCUGGGAAUGGAGAAAUAAAUAGGGGAGUCAAGAGCAUAUUGAAGGUGUUGAGAGCCAUGAGCCAGCAUAAGAUCAUGCAGGGAGGGAAUGUAGAUGGAGAAUGAAAGAGACCUUUAGAGAUUGGGAAGAAAAUUGCUGACUGGCACCAGCAAAAGAGAUUGAUAAGGAGCAGCCAUUGAGGUCAGAGGAAAACCUGGGAGCCAAGUGAAGAAAAGACGUAAAGGAGAAAGGAUCCAGCAAUGUAUCCCAUGCUUUGGCUGACAGGAACUGCCCUGUAGAGGUCCAUCUGUGUUCAGACCCAGAAGAUGCCAGAGCUAUGACCGGGCCUGCAGGCGUGGUGCCGAGGGGAAAUCAGCCAUGGAGCAGCCACCGGAGGAAGCCCCUGAGGCCCGGGAAGAGGAGGAGAAAAAGGAAAUGGCAAAGGCAGAAGGAGCCCCAGAGCUCAAUGGGGGACCAGGGCACUCACUUCCUUCUAGCAGCUAUACAGACCUCUCCCGGAGCUGCUCUCCACCCUCGCUGCUGGACCAGCUGCAGAUGGGCUGCGACGGGACCUCGUGUGGCAGCCUCAACAUGGAGUGCCGGGUGUGCGGGGACAAGGCAUCAGGCUUCCACUACGGUGUUCACGCAUGCGAGGGGUGCAAGGGCUUCUUCCGUCGAACAAUCCGCAUGAAGCUGGAAUACGAGAAGUGUGAGCGGAUCUGCAAGAUCCAGAAGAAGAACCGCAACAAGUGCCAGUACUGCCGCUUCCAGAAAUGCCUGGCACUGGGCAUGUCGCACAACGCCAUCCGCUUUGGCCGGAUGCCAGAGGCUGAGAAGAGGAAACUGGUGGCAGGGCUGACGGCAAACGAGGGGAGUCAGCACAACCCCCAGGUGGCUGACCUGAGGGCCUUCUCCAAGCACAUCUACAGUGCCUACCUGAAAAACUUCAACAUGACCAAAAAGAAGGCCCGUGGCAUCCUCACCGGCAAGGCCAGCCACACGGCGCCCUUUGUGAUCCACGACAUCGAGACAUUGUGGCAGGCAGAGAAGGGCCUGGUGUGGAAGCAGCUGGUGAACGGUCUGCCCCCCUACAAGGAGAUCAGCGUGCAUGUCUUCUACCGCUGCCAGUGCACCACGGUGGAGACCGUGCGUGAGCUCACCGAGUUCGCCAAGAGCAUCCCCAGCUUCAGCGACCUCUUCCUCAACGACCAGGUGACCCUUCUCAAGUAUGGUGUGCACGAGGCCAUCUUUGCCAUGCUGGCCUCCAUCGUCAACAAGGACGGGCUUCUGGUGGCCAACGGCACUGGUUUUGUCACCCGUGAGUUCCUGCGCAGCCUCCGAAAGCCCUUCAGUGACAUCAUCGAGCCCAAGUUUGAGUUUGCUGUCAAGUUCAACGCCCUGGAACUUGAUGACAGUGACCUGGCUCUCUUCAUCGCGGCUAUCAUUCUGUGCGGAGAUCGGCCAGGCCUCAUGAAUGUGUCACAGGUGGAGGCCAUCCAGGACACCAUCCUGCGCGCCCUCGAGUUCCACCUGCAGGCCAACCACCCUGACGCCCAGUACCUCUUCCCCAAGCUGCUGCAGAAGAUGGCUGACCUGCGGCAGCUGGUCACCGAGCACGCCCAGAUGAUGCAGCGGAUCAAGAAGACGGAGACCGAGACCUCGCUGCACCCCCUGCUCCAGGAGAUCUACAAGGACAUGUACUGAGGGCUUCUCUGUCGACCAGCCGCUGAGCGCUGGGCCUGGUGGCCGAGGGGGAUCACACACAGUCGGCCCGCCUCCCUCUCCCUUCCCCGCCUCCCUCCUUCUCAGCUCCUCUGUCUUCUCUCAUUUCUUUGCUCUUUUUCUUCCUUCCUCUCUCUCCCUCCCUUUCUCUCUCCCCAUCUCUGUGUCUGUCCCUCUUCCUCUUCCUGUGAGGCAGUUUGUGUUAUUUCACCAGCAGCGCAGAACAGCACCUCUGCUUCCCCGCCCCGCGCCCCCCCACCCCGCCCCAGCAGGAGGGGCCUGCCCUCUGCACCAACAGUCCCCUUCUCCCGUCUUCAGUCUUCACAGCAAAGGACUCGAGCCAUCCAAAGAAACACUAAGCUCUCUGGGCCUGGCUUCCCAGGGAAGGUAAGCAGGGCCAGGGCUGAGUGCAGAGCAGCCCCUGGUCACCGGGUCCCUGGCGGAGGAGGCCUCCCCCAGCAGGCUGGCCCCCCCCGGACUGCGGCGGCUUGGCUCCCAGCAGGCAGCGCACACCUCAGCCCCACUGACGCCCGCCGCCCUCCCCUUCUUCUUUCCACCGGUCUCGCAGGCCAGUGUCACUGAUGGCCCCCCUGCGCUGGCCGCUGGGGGACACCCGCCCAGCCUGGAUAGAGGUGGGGUUCCCUCCAGGUGGGGGGUCCCUACACCCCCACUGAUGAGGAGCGAGCUUAAAGAGAGGCGGAGGGAGGUAGGGGAGGUGGCGAGCCGGAGACUUGCUUCUGAGCCCAGGCCUGGGGCGGGUCCCCCAUCAGCACCCCACUCUGUCUGCCCCUCUGCAGCAGCCACGGAGUCCUGCCUACGGGUGUCGGCACCGCGCUCCCCCGUCUCCCGCAGCGCCAGGGCCUGGCCUCACACGCACCCCUCCUUUCUCUGGCCUCCGGGAGACACUGGCAGUGGCUCCAGCCCAGCUGAAGCUCACGCCCCACACACACUCCCUCCAGCCCACACACCACAAGCACUGAAAUCACUUUACCUGCAGGUUCCACACCCCUCACCCUCCCCUCCCUGAGGCAGGCGAGUGCCCAGAGGGGCCUGCAGGUGGAUGGGCAGAGCUGUGCCCCUGCUCCCGAGGCUAGGCCAGAUCCCUUGGUGGGCACGGGGUCCUGUGGACCCAGCCCAGCACCUGCCCACAGGGGAGGUACCGGGGAUAAACUGAUCCUGCUCGUUUGUGACACCCGUCUGUCCCAACAACUCUGCUGCCCUCCCCUUUUCCUUGUAUUUGGCCCAGCUGGUCACCUGGAACUCUCCCUAUACCGCCUCUGGUGACCAGGGACCUUGCUAGGCCCAGUCCCACUCCUGGCCCCGCCCCUCCCCCUCCUCCCCGUUGAUAAGCACUCACCCCAGAGGAGAGACAGAAGCGCAGCUUGGAGCCAUUUGAGCAGAGGACAGAGAGCCUACCCAGGCUGCUUCUCCAGGGAGGAAACGGGUCUGGAGGGGUGAGGGGCUGGCUGGCGUCUCUGAGAAAGGUGGCAGGACGUGGCGUUAGAGCCCAGGCUUCCUGGGUCCUGUCUGGUCUUCCUUUCCGAGGCGCCUUUCCAUGCCUGAGGAUCACUCUCUACUGGCAAGAUUCUUCCCUCCCCUCCCCUGCCACGCACCCCAUCCUCAUCCCCCUCCCCAGGUCUGGUACUGAGGAUACAGCUCUUCUCAGUGUCUGAACAAUCUCCAAAAUUGAAAUGUAUAUUUUUGCUAGGAGCCCCAGCUUCCUGUGUUUUUAAUAUAAAUAGUGUAUACAGACUGAUGGAACUUUAAAUAAAUGGGAAUUAAAUAUUUAAGAGUUGA